AUGCCAGGGGUAGCUGUGAAGCUCUAUAGCGUCUUCUUUAAGUUACUUUUGAAACAUCGUCUUCAGAAUCUUAUUUCAAUCUCUUCUUCUUCUUCUGAUAAAGAUGGGUUACCUGAUUCGUUUGGUGUUUCCACCCGAUCCGACGAAUCCGUCGCCGCCGCGAAUCCGUCUUUCACCGACGGUGUUGCCACCAAAGACAUACACAUUGAUCCAAUGACGUCACUCACCGUAAGGAUCUUUCUCCCCGAAUCUGCCCUUUCUCCACCUGAACCCGAUUCGUUAUCCCGCCACAAGGAUACUUAUCACAACAACAACAACCAACAACCCAGAUCUGAUCGGAGACACAGCUACGGACCUAACCAGAACUCUCCUGCGCCGGCUGAGAGGAAUGAGUCGCGGAGGAGCAGCUACGGAUGCAACAACGAGAAUCUAGAAACCUAUGGAGGAUACGCGCCAUCUGCGAAGAGGAACUCACGGAAACUGCCAGUGAUGUUGCAGUUUCACGGUGGUGGUUGGGUUAGUGGAAGUUCUGAUUCGGCGGCUAAUGACUUCUUUUGCCGGCGGAUUGCUAAAGUAUGUGAUGUCAUUGUAUUGGCCGUUGGGUAUAGGCUUGCACCUGAGAAUAGGUACCCUGCGGCGUUUGAGGAUGGAGUCAAAGUGUUGCAUUGGCUUGGGAAACAGGCGAAUUUAGCUGAUUGUUGCAAGUCUUUGGGUAAUCGACGUGUUAAUGGUGUUGAGGUGAAGAAGCUGAGUGUUCAAGGACAGAUAGUGGAUGCUUUUGGAGCUUCCAUGGUUGAGCCUUGGCUGGCAGCUCACGCUGAUCCUUCCAGGUUUACUGAAGCUAGAAUACGCUUUGAUUCAGAUUGUUACAGCGAUGUUAAUACUUGUUUGCAGAGAUUGCUUCCUGGAAUUUAA